CCAGCAGCAUUUGCUGCACUUCAGGGAUACGCAACCUGCAGUAACCGCAUCGCUGUGAGGGAGGAUUGACAGAACCCGUUAGUUUUUCCAUCACGUCCUACCCAUGAAACCCACAGACAUGCCAAAGGAGGGAGCGGAGAUGACAGAAGAAACUGAGCACAUGAUAGAGAAAAAUUGUGCUAAAGAACCAGAAGAAGAGAAUGUCGCGUCUGUGGGGGAUGCCAAAGAAAUGCGCGUCGUGGUACUUACUGGCUUCGGGGGUCUCAACAAACUCCGGGUAACCAAGAAACCGAUGCCAGAGCCACUGGAAGGAGAGGUGAAAAUUCGGGUUAAAGCUUGUGGGCUGAAUUUUGUGGACCUGAUGGUUCGACAAGGAAAUAUCGAUAAUCCUCCCAAGACGCCUCUGGUACCGGGUUUCGAGUGCUCGGGCAUAGUGGAGGCAAUGGGAGACAACACAACAGGAUUUGAGAUUGGUGACAGGGUCAUUGCAUUCGUCAAUUAUAACGCCUGGGCUGAGGUGGUCUGCACACCACUGGAUCUGGUCUUCAAGAUCCCCGAUGACAUGUCCUUCACUGAGGCCGCGGCCUUCUCCAUGAACUUCGUGACUGCCUACAUGAUGCUGUUCGAGGUGGCCAACCUGAGGGACGGCAUGUCAGUGUUGGUCCAUUCAGCUGGAGGAGGCGUGGGCCAAGCUGUUGCUCAGCUCUGCUCGACCGUGCCAAAUGUCACAGUGUUCGGAACUGCGUCCCCCUUCAAGCACGAGGCCAUCAAAGACUCACUGACUCACCUAUUCGACAGGAACAUCGACUACGUCCCUGAAGUUAAAAAGAUCUCUCCAGAGGGGGUGGACAUUGUCCUGGACUGCUUGUGUGGAGAGAACACUGGGAAAGGCCUGGGCCUCCUCAAGCCCCUGGGCACGUACAUCCUCUACGGCUCGUCAAGUAUGGUUACGGGGGAGACAAAAAGCUUCUUCAGCUUUGCCAAAUCUUGGUGGCAGGUGGAGAAGGUGAAUCCCAUUAAGCUUUACGAGGAGAACAAAGUCAUGGCCGGCUUCUCGCUCCUCAACCUUCUCUUCAAGCAGGGCGGAGGUGGCCAGGUGAGGAAUGCCGUGCUCAAGCUCUUCUCCCUCUACAACGAGAAGAAGAUAAAACCACGCGUGGACUCCCUAUGGGCGCUGGAGGAGGUCAAAGAAGCUAUGCAGAGAAUCCACGAUCGAGGCAACAUAGGCAAACUCAUCUUAGAUGUGGAGAAGUCUCCUACCCCUCUGAUGGCGAAUGACAGCACUGAGACCAGCGAGGCCGGCGAAGAUGAGGAGGAGCAUGAGGCGGACAAUGACAACAAGGAGCGCAUGCCCUUCAUCCAGUGACACUCCCGUCCCCCUCCUCCGCCAUCCAGCACUACCCUGCAUGGGACCAGAGGUAUCAAUCCCAGGUUCAGAAAGUAAAAACCCUGCCAUCGUUUUGAUCCAACAAGCUCUGAAUCAGCAGAUGCUCUUUAGACAUUUUCUCAAUGAGCUCUCAAGACAGGUAGGCCAGUUACUCAAGUCACUCACUGGGGUGCAUUUCUUGAAACAAUCGUUGCUAGCUACAUUAGCUACUUUUUUUGCAAUGCGAUUUGCCAUUGGUAACUACUACCGAAGUUGUUAACUGGCUAACAACUACACUUUCGAGAAAUGCACCUCUGUGUUGGAAGGAAACAGUGGCAGGUUUUUUAUUAAUUUAUUUCUGAAUCGGAUUUUUGACCCCUCUGACUGGGACCAGUAAAGCACCAGUGCUACUAGAGACUACUCCAGGACCUAAUCUACACUCCCAUGAAUCCAUGCUGUUGUACAGUGUGUGAGUGUGAAUGUAUGUGUGCGUGCACGUGUGUGUGAGUGUAUGCUUUGUCUGUAUGAGUGCGUGUCUGUCUGUGUGUGCUUGUGUAGUAGUAGUAGUCGUGUAGUCAACCAAUUUCACCAUGUGACUUGUUUGAAAGUGAAAAUGAGGAUUAAAAAAAGCAAGUGUAACAAAAGUGCCAUUCCCCAAAUCAGUGUUGAAAUAUUAUAUUUCUGUUGUGCUAGUGUGGUUUGCAGUUUUGUUUGGUGUCUGGCGUGUGCAGUGCCAGUUCAAGAUAUGGAUCAAUUUAAUCAAAUUGAUUGAGUUGGCAAGUGAAAAGAUGGGUAGAAUGAACAUGUUUUAAAAUACGUCAUGGAAAGGAUGGCAGUGCUCUGUUUGACUCCUAUGAGAAGAUUGUGAAAUUAUAUGGCAUAGGAAUCUAUUGUUUGUUUAUGCAUCACAGUAUUUAGCACUCCGUUCUGCCAUAUUACACUUUGAAAUGUACAUUUCCACAGGUGUGUUUCUUCAGUACCGCCUUAAUUUACAUUGCAAACCCAGAGUAGAUUUUACAUAAUAUGUAUGUGUCUUUUUUAUUGUGGUUAUCUCUUUUUUGUGUCAUUGGAAGUUUUUUUUGGUUUUGAUUAGCUAAUGUUAAAGGGCAACCUCCCUGCCCCUUGCCCUCUGUGGGGAAUCAGCCAAUGGGGAUGGAUAGCAGGGAGUGAUAUGUCUCUGUUCCUUUGCACUGUGGCAUGUGUGUGAUAAGACGUGUCCUGUUUACUGUACCCUCUGGUGCCUGUGCAUGUAGUGCCACACACAGAAAUGGCCUGCGCCAUUUUCACAUUGUGACAAGCUCAUGGAAAAACUGCUAGAACAUUCCACGUGUGUGAAGCAAGAGUAUUUUCAUCGACCAAGUCAGCUCUAUUUGUGCAAGACUUGCCGUCUGCAAGGUCUGUGUGAAAUACACAGGCUAUUCAUAUAUUCAGUGUACUAUAGUAUACACCAUAUGUGCACAUACAUAUACAGUGUUGCAGUAUUACUCACCAAGGGUCACACUAUAAGUUUAGUACAUCACAACGUCUUAAUUGUAAUUUAGGGGUGUCAAGUUAACCUAUUCAUGUUUAAAUAGUAAGGAUUACCUCAAAUACAGUAUGUAGAAUCACAAGAGUACACUGCUAUUGGUUUCACUGAAAAAAGUUCUCUCCUAAUGACGCAUUUGAAAUCAGGAAAAUUUUAAAUUACUUUCACAUACCACCUAAGUUUUGGAUGAGUUACUGAACUCUUAUAGUAAUUAAAAGAAAAAACUGAAGUUAUUAAAUAGGUUUCAGGUCCAAAGGUGCAGAUAAAGAUAAAAUAUAUAUGAGUGGAUCUUCGCUCAGUUUGCUUGUAGUACUGUAGGCAUAUAUUUUGUUUGUGUGAGACAGUGAACAUGUGUAAUUUUUGUUUUGUCAGACUCCGUAAUCCGUUUGCCUUAAAAAAAAAAAAAGGUUAUUAGCCCUGUAUGUCUAUUCCAUAGGAAGUGUCUGGUUGAGAAUAGAUGAGGAAAAACAGUCAAACGUGCGUUAAUGUUGACUUGUGUUCUGCCUUGCAUUUGUUUGUAGACAUCCUGUUCCUUUCACCUUAAUAAAUGGAUCCGCAGAGC